UACAUGAACGUAUACAAUAAAUUCACGUAUAGCCUAUUUGGCGUCCAUUAAUCAGCUAACUUAUCAAUGCAUUUCCCUUAUACGAGAUACCAGUCUUUACCGGUACAUUGUAAUGAGUGCAAGUAUCUAAGCAAUGAUAAACGGAUUUAUUUUAUGGUGACAGCAUCGUUGGUCAGCAGCAUGCCUGCAUUGGGGUGCAUUAGGGUUGUGGUCACAUAUUUUCUGAAAUGUUCGUUUUGAUCAGUGGAAGGCUUUAUUGCGGAGCACAUUGGCUAUUAUAGGACAAUGAGUGCAGACCUGUCCUUGCUGGCGUCCACGAUCGUCAGCGUGUGGGAUAAGGCGCUGGCACCGUCCGUCAUAUCAGCAUCAGCCUUUACUCUGCGCGGAGAUCGGGCUUAACAAACCGCUCCGCGCUGCGACCUCAUGGAUCCGUCGGCAAUCGUGCAAUUUGCUUAAAGGUUUCACUGAAGAUGUGUUCAGAUGCGAGAAAUGUGGACCCCCGGUGAAUGGUAAAAAAAGAUUCCUUCGUGUUAUGGAUCCUCUGUGAUUUUCUUCAUUGUUGUAGAGAGGAAGGCUGCAAGAGGAAAGUGCGCCCUGUUUGUUUGUUGUAAAGCAUUUUUCUUCUUCAAAGUCACUGAAAACAGCUAAAAACGCGAAAGACAUUUUACCAGUAAGAUGAUUUUUCAUGCAAUUCAGCGCAUGCUUCCGGAUAUUUAAUAAACACCUGGAAUUUAAUAGAUAUAUAUUCGUAAACCGGUUCUCUUGGCUGAUUGAAGGGAAGCACCAUUAAACCAUUAAACUUGCAAAUAUUUUGUAUAUACAUGUCUGCAUGAAUUAGUAUUAUAAUUUGAAGAACAUUUUACAACUACCUGAAAAUGAAACAAGAGAAUGGAUGCCUUUGGGAAAAGGUUAUAUAAUCUGUAACUGCUGCGAGUUGUAUUUUUUUAAGUUCUAAACAAAACCUCUUUUUACACAUUUCACAUAUUUUGCACUGACACAUUUUCAAUCACAGACAAUUAAUGCAGCCAUGCACUGUCAUAUAGUCUCUAUAACAACAAAUACACGUCUCCUGCAAGGAAAGUACUAUCGCCUACUAUAAAAAAAAACCACUAAGAAGAACAGUGUUUUGAAUCAUCGUUUUGAAUAUUGAAAUAAUUGUACCUGAGCACUAGGAAAAGCAUAAUUGAAAAACGUGUGGAAAAGUAAUAUUCGCAACUGAGAGCGGCUGGCAGCGUUACUUUUUACCUUCUGAAACUAUCGUCUAUCAUCAUAACGGGGUUGCUGCCAUUUGGGAUUAAGCGCCAGCGUCACUGAUGCUGCGGACUGUGUCCAUGAACCAGCAGCAUCGCCGAUGCUAUCCUGUGCGACUCUAACGUUUAUAAAGUCCCACUGUGUAGUCUUUCCUGCUUUCUCUCUCUCCACUCACAGAAUCUGCAAUUAAGUUACCCAAUCGAGUCUUCCAUGUUUGGCUGGAUGCCCAAUAUCCUGCUCUGUGACUUGGGGCUUAUUUAGAACCAGGUGAACCCUGAAUACUCGCUUACAGCUACUGGUCCAUGAGAGAGAUGAAGCGGAACAGACAUGCAUGAAGCAGGCAAGGGUGUUGAUGGAGAGGAUUUCGAAUGACAGCCGGGACAGUGGUCAUCACAGGUGGAAUUUUAGCUACAGUAAUUUUACUGUGCAUCAUUGCAGUCCUGUGUUACUGUAGGCUACAGUAUUAUUGCUGCAAAAAGGAGGAGUCGGAGUCGGAGGAGGAGGAGCCUGACUUUGCGGUGACGUCACACCUGCCGCCCGUUCACUCCAACCACAACAUCAUUGCAGCGACGGCGUCGGCAAACGCCAACGGGCCCGCGCUCUUCACGCCGCCGCUGGCCCGCAAGCUGACGCGCUCGCAGACCUUCUGUCCAUCCUGCACUCACUACGAGAUGCCCUUCUACCUACAGCAGCCCGAGGGCCUGCGCAAUGGCGGCCAGCGCCUCAGCCUCCGGGGGGCGCCAACGCGGCGCGAUAUGGAGCUGCCCACCGAACUACCAAACUACCACAAGCUCAACCUCACACGCGCCGUCACCAUGAGGGAAAUGUUCACGCGCAGCUGCAGCAUCAGCACCGACGUGUAGUUCCCUCUGGCUGCCAGCAGGGCGGCGCUGCCCCAGCAGGGAUGUACUGUUAAGCCAUACCCCCUCACAUGGACACCCCUGACACGUCCUCCUGCACAUUCAGAGGCAUUUUCCCAUGAUUCUCAUGCACAGUUACCCAGCUUGGGAUGCUCAUCACAGAGAAGCUUAUGAUCUAUAUCUGUUUUUUAAACCCCCCUCCCCUUAUUUUUCAUGUUAGAAGAGCCUAAAAAAAUGGACGUAACCAGAACUCUGAAGGCUCUCCUUACAAGUCCAACUUCCCACCCCUGACAUGGCUCUCCCACAGCCCCACAAAAUAAAUACCCCUUACACUCAUGAGCUUAGCACCAUACAGACUAUGGCCUGUAUUUAUGAGUAAGCACUGACUGUUUUCAGAAUGGAGCUCCACUUAGGUUUGUCUGUCAGAGUUAUAAUCCAGUCAUACAUCUAAAAUUAAGGGCUUAAAUUAUUUUAGGAUAUCCGUGUAUAUUAUAGAGUUUCCCAGCCACUACAAAGAAAGCCAUUACCUUGCGCCGAAUACAUUUGAUUACAGGAAAGCUGUUUGGUUUCUAUUUCUACCUGCUGCCUGUAAAAGUACCCGAUCCCUUUUUGAUACCUGUAGGGGGACAGAUUUAUUUAUUUUUUUUGGAUACCAGGUAUUUCACUUUUGGGCUGAAGUACUGAGGUGUGGCUUUGACAAUUAGUUGGAGCAGCUGUGGAACAUUAGCUGCAGAGAUGUACCGUCGACGUGCCCAAAAUGCUCACAGUCUUGCACACUGACGUCACGCCAGUGAGCCGCAGUAAUACACCAAGGACUAACCACACCAGUGCGAGAACUUUUUCUUAUUGUUUUGAAAUUGUAAACCUCUGUGAAAAGUUAUCAUUUUCGAGUGAAUUUUGUGGCCUAAGAACUACAUUAUAUUUGACUGUACAACUUUAUUAUUUUAUGGUGUAUAGGUACUAUUGUGUAAGACUUUUUAGUAAGAUGUUAUUCUACAAAGUAUAUUUAAAACAGAGGAACAUGUGGGAAAAGCUUUUUAUUUUGCGUUUAUUUGUUUUUUUUUUUCAUUGAGGUGAACACCUUGCAUUCGUGACUGAUCACCUUCUAUUUACUAGCGUUGUAUAACAGACUCACCCAGGGGGUGUCCCCAGGGGGUGUCCCCUUCACUCAGCAUGGCUGCUAUCCAGUGGAAUCUCUCUCUCCGGGGUCGGCCCACUCUGCUGAGAGUGUCUCUGUUGUUGACGUGCAGGAAUAGAAGUGUGAAUGGUGACAAUCAUCUCUGCCACCAGCUGUCCCUUUUCAACCAAGUCCCAUAUUUUGGUUUGUCGCUCAGAUUAGUUCUGUUUAGUCUGGACGCUUAUUGGUUUACACGUCUGUCUGGAUGAGUGCCUCUCAAACUUCUGCACUCUAGCAGCGGGAAGAAGCUGAAGAUUUUCUUGCAUUAUAUCUUUAUAUCAUAUCAUUUUUACACACAGUAAUACAGAAAGAGCAUUUGAACGCUGGCCUCUGUCAGUGGGGCCCGAGCUGUGCUAAUUUGUUGUUACCUUCUGUGAGUUGGUUGUAUUUUUCCAGUCAGAAAGUGAGAUUCUCGCCACAGGAGAACGGAAACCUAAAAGCUGAAUUUUUCAUUUUGUUGUGUCUUUAUUUUUACAUUCACUUGCAUUUACAUUCAUUUUGUGGACAUACAAGUGGGGCAGAUGGCACAUUACAGUACGUACAUUUGUGCCAUUGAAGAGUCGACUAGGUGUAAGUGCGGCUAGACUGAGCUUCCAGUGAAUACAGUUACAAGCAGCACUGGAGCAGGAGCUACAUCUUCCAAGAAAGCAAGAACCUAGUAAUGCUAUUCAAUGAUUUUUACCGCCUCUACCCCCCUGCUCAUUCCUCUCUCCGCAGGCUCAAGGACAGGCCAUUGGAGGAAUGGUUUUGGAUAGACGACAGUCUUAGGUACUCUGCCUGUGCCAUCCCAUCACUGGAAGGCUUGUGGAUGACCUGGUGGCCUUGUCUUAGUGAAUGUUUCUGGCUUCUUGGGAUGUGACUGGCAUCUAGGGAUGAUGCCGCUGUGUGUCGUAGCCAGAAUAAUCCUCUUAUGUCCCUGCUGCACCAACUGAGUCCCUUCACACAAGCAUAUGCACCAGAAAUUUCAGUAGUAGAGUGCAGCUGUUACAGAGAGUAUUAAUUAAUUGGUUGUAUCUGAUGAGUGUGGGCUAUGUGUUAUAGACUUCAGAUGAAAGGGGAUUAUGUAAGAGACAUUAUUGAUAUUGCUCUUACCAUCAUACCGUCAUUGUUGAUAUUAUUAAUUACUAAUAUUUACAAUUAUUGUUUGAUGUUCUUGAUUCUUGCUGGAUGUUGCUUUCUCUCAGUAUUUGUGUUUUUCAAAUCAUUGUGCUCAGCUUUACAACGCUUCCCGUUCCAGUGUUGCUACUGUUCAGUAAUUCUGACAUGUUACUGACGUGGUUAAAUCUGUGAGGCUAGCACUUGGUGGGUAAUAAAAUACAGUUUAAAUCUUUUGUGCA